GAGAUGAAGCAUAUCCGUUCAGCAAGGCAGCGGCAGUAGCGGCAGUGUUCAGUUUCCGGGUUUUACUGCUCUUUGUGCACACGGCACCGGACUGGUGCCGAGCGCACAAACCCAACGUGUUACUGUUUACCUCCAGUGUGUGCGUGUAUGUUUCGGGACAAAUUGAGACAUGGAUGGCGGCCCAGAUCGCGGGAAAUGGAUUCUGUAUUGUUUAUGGCUUGUAAUCUUAGGUGAUUCAGCUGCACUGGUGGUUACACGUAGUACUUUUACUCAAGUGCAUCUCUGAGAGACGAUGGACGAGGAGAAGAGCCGAGACGUCCUGGUAGUCAUGCUUCUCCUCGCCAUGAGUUUGCCCAACGGUGGGAGCUCGGUCAGGUCGGAUUGCAGCAUCUCAACCACAGAGAUGACCGAUGCCACGCAUGUACUGUCAAGUGUGGUGGAUCAACAGAGAGCAGAGCAGAGCCAGAGACAUCACCUGGAGGCUCUGUUCAACAGAUAUGGAGAAAACGGCACCAUCUCUCUGGCCGGUUUAAAGCGUCUGUUACAAAGCGUGGGGUUGGAUCGCAACAGGAGUGUUAUCGUGCAACAUCAUGAGCAACUGGGCCAUCACCAUCACCACCAUCACCGCCAUGUCCAUGAGAACAAUGACUCACACCAGCAGAAACACAUCCAUGCUGAACCCUCUCGGUUCAUAAGGUCCCCAAAGACUCCAGAGGUCUCCAGAGAUCAGAAUGGCACACUGGGAAGGAAAGAGGAGAAUCCCAGUAGUCAGUACGACAAGAAGACAACGUCGGUGGCUCAGGAGGUCAGCACCACGGUGGUGUACAGCGCCCAGCUGGUGGUGGAACCCGGUAAGAGACAUGAUUUCAGUCCAGAAGAAUCCAGUCCUGCAGGGGAGGACACCACUGCUGCCAGACUGGUCACGGAAAGCCAGACGCUGGGAAAUGCAGUGAGCCAAGGGGAUGAUCACACCCAUGAGCACGAACACGAUGGUAUGGACCAGGACCUUCUCCACAACCGCAGCCACGAUGGUGUAGAGUGCGUGAACGCGUCCAGCAUCCUCUCCUCUCACGGGAUGUCUCAGGAGGUGGCUGUGACCCUCACAGACUUCAGCUACCUCUGCCCGGCGCUCCUCAACCAAAUCGACAGUGGCGUAUGCUUCCUGCACGGACACUCCUCCAAACACGGGGACAGAGAGCGUAAACACCAGAAACACACUCACAAUCACUAUGGCGAGCACAGCCACUCGGACCACGACCACAGCGAGCGCUCCGCUGGAGAAACUGGCAAAAACAUCACAACAGCGUGGGUCGGCGGCUUCGUCUCCAUCACAGUCAUCAGCCUGCUCUCCCUGCUCGGCGUCAUCCUCAUCCCGCUCAUGAACAGAGUCUUCUUCAAGUUCCUCCUCAGCUUCCUGGUGGCGCUGGCUGUCGGCACGCUGAGCGGCGACGCCUUCCUGCACCUCAUCCCCCACUCUCAGGGAGGCCACCAUCACCACCAUGAGGAUUCUGGGAUAAAUAUGGAUGGACAUCAUCUCCACGGUGAGCAGGAGGAAAACCUGGACGCUGUGUGGAAGGGUCUGACGGCUCUGAGUGGAGUCUACUUCAUGUUCCUCAUUGAACACUUCCUCACGCUGGGAAAAAUGUACAAGGACAAGAAACAAAAGGUCCAGAAGAAGUGGGAUCGGUACGACAAAGCAGGUUCUGAGAAGCAGCCAGCGUUGGAAGAGAACGACACGAAGCCGAAUGAAGACGUGGAGACUAAUGGUGGCGGUACAUUUGCCGACCUCUCGAGCAGCGUGGUGGAGGAGGAGCAGGUGAUGUUGGCACCGCAGGUGUCUGUCGUCUUGCCACAGGGUUAUGGCCAAGCGUCAGGAGCUGCGGCCUACACCGCCGAGGACUGUGAGAACAAAUGCCACUCUCACUUCCAUGACACGGUGGGCCAGACUGACAGCAUGCACCACCACCACCACGAUUACCACCACAUCCUGCACCACCACCACUCCCAGAACCACCACCCACACAGCCACUCCCACUCCUACUCAGAGCAGCACUUCCAGCAGGCUGGCGUGGCCACGCUCGCCUGGAUGGUCAUCAUGGGAGACGGGCUGCACAACUUCAGCGACGGCCUGGCUAUCGGAGCUGCCUUCACCGAGGGUCUGUCCAGUGGCCUCAGUACGUCUGUGGCUGUGUUCUGUCACGAGCUGCCUCAUGAGUUGGGUGACUUUGCGGUGCUCCUGAAGGCCGGUAUGACGGUGCGUCAGGCCAUUCUGUACAACGUUUUGUCGGCCAUGAUGGCCUACUUAGGCAUGGUGACCGGUAUCGUGAUUGGACAUUACGCAGAGAACAUCUCCAUGUGGAUAUUCGCCCUCACAGCCGGGCUCUUCAUGUAUGUGGCUCUGGUGGACAUGGUGCCUGAGAUGUUGCAUAACGAUGCCGGGGACCACGGCUUCAGCCACUGGGGCUUCUUCCUGCUGCAGAAUGCCGGCAUCCUGCUGGGCUUCUGCAUAAUGCUGCUCAUCGCCAUUUUUGAACACAAAAUCCAGCUGGACCUGGGAUACUGAAGCAGAGGUCCACUCCAGUCUUCGUCAGAUGUGUAGUGUGUUUGUAUUUCGUGUCCUAGAUAAACCUUUGAUUUAGUUUGUAUUUUCACAUCAUGUAGGAAGAAGUAUCACUUUAAAGUCAGAAAUCCAAUGGGAUGUCAUUCAGGAGCUUCUGAGCCUCAGACUUACUCUGCCAGUUAAAAUUCACGGGCGCAGUAGCCACAGUAACCCCCACCUCCCAACUGCAGGUAAAACAUGCAGUGACUUCUCCACAUCAACAAACCUCUCAGCUCCACGUAGGAAGUAACUACACAUCCCUGUCCCGUGACCUGUAGAGGACUCAUAUUUAGGAUAAAUCCAGUAAGUCAGCAUAAGAGAAGUGCAGCCUUUAACCUCUUCAUCAUAUCUGGUUGACGUUUUUACACCAUUAUGUCUGCGCUUCUUUAUGUUUCUGCUGUGGAGCCAAACAGUGGAGUAGUUCUCUUAAAGAUGUCCACAAACAACAUGUAAUCUCUGUAUGCAAUAGUAUUAUGGUCGGGGUUGCAGCUAAUUAUCAUUUGACAUUAUGAAUUGAUCCAAUAAUUGUUUGGUUUGUAAAAUUCUCACCCAGUGCAGCUUAGGUUCUUCUGAAGUGCUGAUGCUGGGAAACCAGACGGGCUUGUAUCUUGACACAUGGUAUUUUGGCUCAGUCAAAAAACAAAUGACAGGCAUUUUAACGUGCUGGACUGUGCUGUUCCUAAUUGAUUUAAAAAACUGGUUAAUGUUGCACAAGUCUGCAGGAAGUCCUCCUAGGCAGGCUCAAAGUCUGAGGCUCAGCUGAUCUCCCACUGUGACCGUUACAGGAGUUAAUGUUAACUUCCCAACACUACAGGAGAAAUAACUUGAUUCAGUCACUAACUAUCAUCCAGAAACUCCAGUAAAGUCUGAGUGAACCACAUUCAGGGCAUCAGACUGACUGAGGAGGACUCGG